AGACAGUUGUUCCGUGGUAGAAGUAGGAGGAAAAGUAAAUAUUUAGAAAAAAGUGAAUGUAAAUUUUAAAGAAAUAUGGCAUUUUUAGAGUGGCGGAAAUUCCACUUCUUUAACCUGAAAGGAAAUGUUGAUGAAGGGAAAAUAAAGGAAUUGUUUAAGGAAUCUAAGAUCACAACAACUUCAAGUGGAAACAACCACCUAGUGUUUAGUGAUAAUCUUGGUCAAAUUUAUUUGAUAUCACGAUCGUGGCAAGUAAUAUACUUUAGAGGAUAUGAAAUAAAUGUAGAGUUAACUCAGCAAAUGAGAAAUUCACCUUUGUUAGUAACUAUCGGGCAAGAUGAACCAGGUGUGAAUCCUUUAAUAAAAGUUUGGGAUACUAGCAGAUUAGACAAAAAUGGAGUUCCAUACUGUUGCAGAAUUACCCGAGCACUUCCUGGAAAUAGACCUGUACAAAGUAGUGCUUUAUGUGUUCACGAAAACUUACAAAUGAUGGCAGUGGGAUUUGUAGAUGGUUCUCUACUUAUUUACAGAGGUGAUAUCACAAGAGAUAGGAGUUCUAAGCAAAAUCUUCUGAGGGCAGCAAAUGCGAUCAUUACAGGAUUGGCUUUUAAAACAACAGCAGCUAGUAUAUUUCUUUUUGUUGCAACAGAAACAUCUGUCCUUGUUUAUAAUGUUACACAAAAAGACAAAGAGCAAAAGUAUCAUUUGGAUAAUAUUGGUUGUACCAAAAAAUGUAGUGUACUGGCUGAUUCCAUGCAAGAGAAUCAUUUUAUGAUUGGUAGAGAUGAUGUAAUUUAUUGCUACACUUCUGAUGGUAGAGGUCCAUGUUACGCAGUAGAUGGCGAAAAAGUAAUGUUGGAAUGGUUCAGAAAUUACCUCAUUAUUAUAUCUAAAACAACUCGUUCUGCAAACUUAACAACCAUGCCUACAGAAACCCCAUCCAACAAUUCAGAAAGCAACCUCAUAACAGUUUUAGAUAUACAUAACAAGUUUAUUGUAUUUUCAACUACAAUGCCCAGAAUUAAAGCUGUUGUGAACGAAUGGGGUGCUUUUUAUAUAUUGGAUGAAAAUAACAAACUUUAUCAUUUGGAUGAAAAAGAUUUACAGUCCAAGCUGUCAUUACUAUUUAAGAAGAAUUUAUAUGAUAUUGCAAUUAGGAUUGCAAAGAGCCAACAAUAUGAUACCGAUGGUUUGGUUAACAUAUUCAAGCAAUAUGGGGACCAUUUGUGUGAAAAAAGUGAUUUUUCUGGCGCCAUUGAGCAAUACACAAAGACUAUUGGAAAGCUAGAACCGAGCUAUGUAAUCCGAAAAUUCUUAGAUUCCCAACAUAUAGAAAAGCUUACAAUGUAUUUGAACGCUUUACAUAAGCAAGGUCACGCAACAGAAGAUCAUACCACGCUGUUGUUAAAUUGUUACACCAAACUAAAUAACUCUGUCGGUCAGUCCGACAGUUUGAAAGAGUUUAUUUUGUCAAAAGAUGGAGAUUUUAAUUACGAUGUGGAUGUUGCCAUUAAAGUUUGCAGACAGGGCAGUCCAGCGGAAGCGCUAAUGCUGGCCAAGAAACACGAAAAACAUGAUUGGUACAUAAAACUUCAACUAGAAGACCACCAAAAAUAUACCGAAGUUAUUGAUUAUAUCUCCAGUUUAAAAUUUUGGGAAGCUGAGGAUUAUAUGCGAAAAUAUGGUCCAAUAUUGGUGGAACAUGCACCGCACGAAAGCACACAACUUCUGAAGAGGCUUUGUACUAAUUAUUAUAAACAAACAACGAACAACAUGCAGGACGCACUAGGAGAGAGCAGAGCAGAUCCAGAAGACUUUAUUCAUUUGUUUCUGAACCAUUCCGAACGACUAGUCGAAUUUUUAGAAUAUUUAAUUAAUGAAGACGUUCUCCUCAGCAUGCCAGUGUAUAAUACAUUACUCGAACAUUAUUUACACGUAUGGGCAAGUUUGGAAAAUAUUGCGGAUAAAAACAAAUUAUCUCAAAAGAUUUUAAAACUCAUGCAAAAUCCCGAUGUUAAAUAUGACAAAUCUCAAGCGUUAGUUGUUUGUCAUAUGCAUUCUUUUAGGGAAGGAAUUUUGUAUUUGUAUGAAGAACAGAAACUGUAUCAGCAAAUUUUAAGGUAUCACAUUAGCCAAAACGAUUCGAAUUCAGUAUUAGCCUGCUGCAGAAGAUUUGGACAUCAAGAACCCACAUUAUGGGUGCAAGCUCUCUGGUCCUGUGUUAGAGAAACCACAAAGCCUUCCUUGGACUUACUAACUGAGAUUUUAACUGUGAUAGCUAAAGAAAAAUUAUUCUCUCCGCAACUUGUAAUUGACGCUAUAGGAACCGGAAAUGCAGAAAUAACCUUAGGUCACAUUAGAUCUUAUAUUACCAAUGAACUUCAACAAGAACAGAAAAAAACCAAAGAAAUUGCUGAUCUUACUUCGAAUUAUCGUAGGGAUACUCAUAAAUUGAAAGAACAUUUAGAAAAACUUAAGACCGGUGUUAUAGAGAUACGAGGCUCAAGGUGUGCGGCAUGUCAUCAUACUUUAGAAUUACCAAAGAUUCACUUCCUCUGUGAGCAUAGCUUCCAUCAACACUGCUUUCAGAGUUUUUCGGACGACGAAAACGAGUGUCCCACUUGUCAACCUGAAAAUAAGAACCUCCUAGAAUUACUUAGAGCUAGAGAAUAUAAUAAAGAUUUACACGAGACGUUCCACUCGCAAUUAGAAAAAGCUCACGAUGGCUUCUCCGUUGUCGCAGAAUAUUUAAGUAGAGGAGUAUUCGACAGAUUCAAAAUAAUAACAGAUCAAAAUAUCCCGAAAACCUUAGAGAUACCUGAAAAAAACAACAACAUGAAACAGGAAGCCAAGAAAAUUGAAAGAGAGCUACUAAAUUACGGAACAGGUGCUGAAGCUCGUAUAAGACAAGCAGAAGUGAAGAGUAAACCAAGAGCUAUGCCGAUUUCUGAAGGAAGAAUGCGAUUACAAGAGCAUAGAUACAGUUCAUCUUUAGAAGCAAACAUGACAAAGUUUGUUCCGAAAAAGGUAGAACCAAAAGCAAUGUCGAAGAAUCCAUUUGAUGAUGAGGAUGAUGACUAUGAUGAAGAUAAAAAUCCAUUUAGAGAUGAAGAUGAAUCUGAUAAAAAUAAUCCCUUUCGGGAAUUUUAAUCCAAAUACAGUUUCAUAUUUACAUGUUUUCGUACGUACUGCUGCUAUUUUUAUUGAAAUUAAUAUAUUUUAUUUAUAAUGUAAUAUAAGCUUAUUAUUUAAAACUAAUAUAUACUAGCAUUAUUUGUA